GCCAGCAUCAGAAUCUGGCCCGGCAGAUGAUUUAACAAAUUAAUAAUAAAUUAUUUGCUUAUCGUCACAAAAAAAAUAUUAGUAUUUCAUAUUGAGUUCAGAGCUUUUAUUCUGGAAAAAAAUAUGAACUUAUUCAAAUAGAUUCUGUUGCUAGAAUUCAAUUCAGUUGUAUUUGCAUAGCGCCAAAUCAUAACAUAAAUUAUCUCAAAGCACUUAAGUUAGCGUAAACUAAAUGUUUGGUUUGAAAAAUAAAAACACUGCUGUUGUUAUGGACAGCCACGUUUGGGGAGUAAAUGUCCCUAAAAUAACUACUUGCAAAUGUCAGGCUCAAAGAAGAAGCAGUAAUUCUUAAAAUUGAAAUAAUAAUAAAUACAUAAAAAUAAUAAAGACAUUUUUAAGGCACUAUGCUUGAUGAAGAUAUGAUGUUUAUGCCUAAUAUUCAAUUGCUUACAAAACAAUUGGCCCUCAGCCACAUUGACUUGCUGAUCCCUGAUAUAUCAGGAUCACCUAUCAGUAUCGGCUGCGCUCAGACACAUCGGUCGACUGAACUGUAAUCAGAACCUGUCGUUGGACGCGUCCUCUUCCCGUCUUCCGUCUAAAUCGCUGCUUUUCAUUCACGAUCAGUUUUGUGCGAUUAUCAUCAUCAUCAGCAGCAGCAGCAGCAGCAUCAGCAUCAUCACUGACUGAUGACCUCCAUCCAUCUCUGUCGUCGACCAUCUCUCGUUCUCUCUCAUCCUCCAGGCUCCUCAGACCGUGUGUCCUCCAUCCACCAUGCUGCAGGUCGGGGACGAGGUGAUGUGCUUCUCUGCGGUGUUUCUGCUUCUGUUGUUGGGGACCAGGAGCGCUACGGGAGCCUGCCUCAUCACCGCAUUCCUCUACGUAUUCAUGGUGAUGUUCCGCUUCCCCCCGGUGCCAGCGGACCGGGCUGGCCACGUCCUCCGGCCCAGGGCUCUUUCUUCAGGCGGCGUGCCGGUGGUGGCGCACCGCGGAGGCAGCCAUGACGCUCCGGAGAACACGGUGGCAGCGAUCAGAGAGGCCAGUAGGAACGGGGCCACUGGAGUGGAGCUGGACCUGAGUUUCACCGCUGACGGUGUGCCGGUCCUGAUGCACGACGAGACUGUUGACCGUACGACCAAUGGCUCCGGACCAAUUAGCAAACUGCAAAUGGUCCAAAUCAGGAGAUUAGAUGCUGCUGCUCACCACAGGCUGAAAGACAAGUUCGGUGGAGAGAAGGUCCCAACUCUGCAGGAGGCCGUGGAAGAGUGCAUGAGACACAAACUGACCAUCAUCUUUGAUGUCAAAGGUCAACCUGAUAAGGCUGCAUCAGUGCUUCAUGAGAUGUACAAGAAAUUCCCCGUCCUUUACAAUUCCAGUAUUGUUUCCUCCUUUGAGCCCAAAGUUAUCUACAAGAUGCGUCAGACUGACCCCGACGUGGUCACAGCCCUGACCCACCGGCCCUGGAGACUGAGCCACUUCGCUGACGGCACUCCUCGGACGCCGUCGGCGUGGGGUCAGCUCUGGACGGGCUUUCUCGACGUCUUGUUGGACUGGGCCCAUCAUCACAUACUGUGGAAACUUUGCGGCGUCUCUGCCAUCGUCAUGCAGAAAAACUUUAUCUCGUUGGACUACGUUCAGUACUGGGCAGAGCGAGGUGUGGAGGUGAUGGGCUGGACCAUAAACACCGCUGUGGAGAAAGACUAUUACCAAAAUGUUCUCAAGAUCGGGUACAUCACUGACAGUCUGCUGGGAGACUGUGAUCCUCAUUACUGAAACACACACACACAAAGUCAGUAUUAUUGCAACCUUUUUCAGUUUCCUAACACACAAAACAGACAUAUUUACAGAUUAAGUUUAAAUUAGGGACUCAAAGGUGCUGUCAGCGAGUCAACAUGUUUGGUGAAAGACGACAUUUAUUCACUGACAACA